AUCGGUUAGCCGCGGUGAUCCACCAACUCGACGAUGGCGGCUUCGUCGCACCCCAUCAAAGUCGAGCCGGGAGACGAAAAACCUGAUCUGCUGUCCGCCCCACACGUGGGCAACCCCGCACCGCCCCCGCCUGUUCCACUGUUUAUUCGUCUCCUGCGGCCCUUUGCCCCACAGCUAGUGCCUCUGUUGGUCUUCCUAGCUUUAAUCCCCAUCGUCGUUUCACUUUCCCUGUUCUCGGGAUGGUACGUUUGGAGGAACGUAGCGGUUAGCUGGAAGACGGAGGUUUAUCUACAAUAUGGUGACGGAGUUCCGCCGUAUGCAGAGGUUUCUCUACCUCAGCUUUCACCUAGCCAUCCAUAUGAUAUAUCCCUUCAUCUUUUGGUACCAGCGUCCGACGCCAAUUUAGCGCUGGGGAAUUUUAUGGCUUCUCUGACCCUCGUCACGCCAUCUAACAAGACACUUGCGACCGUAAGGAGACCUGCCAUUGCAUUACCACCACGUCGAUCAUACUUGCUCUCUUCGUCGCCCCCCUUGAUCAGUUUGGAUAUUGUUCUUUUGACCUCCUAUGCUCCUGGGACCUCCAGGGUCAAUGCACGCGUUGAAAUUGGGCGCCGUGAUGAAUGGAGGAAACUGGGAGGUGGCGAGGGCCGUGAAUUGAGUGUCGCUACCGCUUCCUUGAAGGGGACCGUCCGGUACCAGGGUGUCAGGGGCUUGGUAGCACGCUUUCCUCUCGUUUCGGCGAUCUUGUCUCUUGCAGCCUUUUUCGUGUUGUCGGUGCUCGUCCUCACUGCUUGCAUCUUGCCGACCAUUAAAUGGCAGCUACCUAAUGAAGAGGAUACCCUUCUCGCUCCACGCUCCCCGUCACCACCCAAGAGAACUCCAAGUCAUGGGAAAUCUUUCCGUCCUCGGAAACGACAGCGAAUGGCAUAUCCCAUGGAAAGUCGUUCGCAGAGCAGCGUCGGUCCCACCACGUCUUCAGUCGAAUUUUUUACUGACGGUUGUCUGAACUUACAGGCUUUUAAAAUAGAAGACGUCCCUGUUGAUAUCCCUCCCGUAGCUCAUGAUGAACGACCUUUGCGAAGACGUCGCUCACGCGCCACCGACUCACUGUACGAUUCUGAUCAUUAGGACCAGGUCGUGCCUAAUUCACCCCAUACUACUUAUCGGCGUCAUGCCCACUUUAUGCCUGCGGCGUGGCAUGCUUCACUUCAGCCGCGUGCGGGUAGAAACCCUAAGCAUUACAUGUCUUUUGUACGUCGCGAGGCAAAGAACAAGAUGGUGCUUGGGCAGGAAGUUUCACUUGGGUUGUGAACGUGUGAUCAGCCCUAUUUUGGCUUGAGAAGUGGUGAUACCAGGGAUGUGCGUGACAACCUCCCGAUGAACUCCAUCCGCAGCCGUGGAAACACCACUCUGGUUUCAACAGGAUACGGCCCUGGCAACAUUCCACCGUUGGCACAUAGAUUACAAGCCCUGUUUCACACUUUCUAUGCGAUCGCCAGUACAUUUGCCUUCCAUCGCAAGUCCCCUACUAGCCAUCCUGUGUGUCCCCUCCAGCACCUUCCGCCGUCGGCUUCGAGGAGCUUCCAUCGCCACCAAGACUCU